CCAUCACCUGCUGUCAGCAAGUGACUGGAUGCACGGCCUCCGCCUGCUUAGGACACGUGGAUGCCUGUCGAUAAAUCACUCAAGUUAAGUUGGCCUCCUAGUGUGCGGGGAUGACCCUCAGAUGAUCAGUGACGUGCAAGGUCGUUCACGGGUGAUCCCGAGGAAGGCGAUGAAGACGUCGGCAGCCGUGGCACCAGGGCAACACGUCGGAGUCGGAGACGUCAUCAACAGGUCGUCUUUCUAAAAUUAGAGAACGCUCCCAGGUCCCGCCCAUCCUUCAUUUAUCCAUGCAAGCAGCAGCCUGCUUUCGUCCCAAACGCUCUUUUGUCUUUGUGGAGCUUCGGGGUGACACUCAGCCUUUCCACGUGUAUUUUUAGCUCCAACAGCCCUUUGGCCAUGCAAUGUAUUCAAGCGUUCACUCCACCUCGAUUUGCGUUUCUCUUGUCAGAUACUCUCGUGUGUGUGUGUGUGUGUGAGUCAUCUAUUUUGGUGUUUUUGUUUUUCUCUCUGUGUUUUCUUUUCCCCAACUGAAUCACUAAGGUAAAAAGGCCAAGCUACCUUAUUUGGUUAACUCAAUAUUCAUCAAGGCAAAAAAGAGUUUAUUUUUUAUUUUCUUGUUGCGUUUAAAAGAACUCUCCAUCUUCAUCAAACUUUUUGUUUUUCUUUUUCUGUCAAGGGCAUACCAAAAACAACAGGGGAGCGCUGUGACCCCUGACCUUGAGGCCGUCUUAGCCAAUCAGAAGCACAUGUCCUAAAGCAGCAGCUGGAGGGCGCGUCUGCACUUGCUCCUGGUGGUGGGCGGGGCAUGUACACCACUGCCUCUCUGUGAUUGGCUGGGUAGCCGAGAGGCGGGGCUACGAGUUGACAAAACAAACGGGAGACGCGCUCCGGUAAACAGUCAUUGAGUUUCACUUUCGAGCGUCUGACCUGCUUCGACGAAACCAACUCCCAAGAUUCGCGUCAGUUAUACAAGCGCUGCUUCAACUAUGGAUUUGGCGUGCGUGCUGUUUUUGCUUCUGAGCGUCGGGGCUUGGUUCUCCAGCGCCGAGAGGCACAGCGUCUUCUGGAACACCUCCAAUCCAAACUUCCUGUGGGACGACUACACGGUGGAAGUCCGCAUCAACGACUACCUGGACAUCAUCUGCCCGCACUACAGCCACGGCGAGGUUCCGCCGCAUUCAGCCGAGCGCUACGUGCUCUACAUGGUGGACAAGGACGACUACGACGUGUGCAAGCCGCGCUCGUUCGACCAGCUCCGCUGGGAGUGCUCGCGACCCUUCGCCCCCCACGCCCCCGAGAAGUUCUCGGAGAAGUUCCAACGCUUCACCCCCUUCACCCUGGGCAAGGAGUUCAGUCAAGGAGAGAGCUAUUAUUACAUCUCCAAGCCGAUCCAUCAUCACGGCCAGGAUUGCCUGAGGCUCAAAGUGGACGUGGCCGGAAAGAAAGGCGCGGGAAAGAGUCAGACGGGGAAGUCCAAGGCUGAGACGGAGAAGAUCUCGGACCCGUCGAAAGCCAAGUUUGUCUCUUCCGGCGGAAUUCACAACCUGUCCAAUCGUCUCCCAGCAGACGACCCAACGGCCAUGGAGCCCAACGUCCAGAGGAGCGUUGGAAAUUCAGGAACGCGGACCGUCUCCUUCUCGCUCUCCUUGACGCUCCUUCCCGUUUUGUUAGCAGCGAUGCUACACUGAGAAGAAAAAAAAAACAUUGCAAAGCAGCCCAGUGCUGGUCACCGGGGUCAUGGACACUUUUUUUUUUUUACAACGAAUACAGAGCUUUUAUACAAAGACAAAGCUGUGAGCGUGUGUUGUGAAUGUGGAGUGUAGAUCACUCCAAAGAAAAUGACCUCCAUUUUGUUUUUUGUUUUUUGUACUAUGAUGAGCAUGAAGCAGCAUUUUCCGUUCCGAGCAAUUUGUUAUUGAUGUUUUCAUACCACUCUGUAGGUACACGUCCAGUUCCUGCGUCAGCCGCCAACUGAUUAUUCUGGAUGUUUUGUUUUUGUGCCGUUAUUGUGUAGCACUCAUCUUCGCAAGCCUCAAGUCAGCAUACCACUUUUCAUUCAGGGACGACAUCAAACACAUUCGGUUCAAUACUCUGACCAUUUGGAAAUUGUUUUUAUUAGAUGUUUUAAAUGGUCAUUUCAUUCCUUUCUCCAAUUUGUACCACCCUGAGACUAACUUCAAAUACUGCUGUGAUGAGCAACAUUAAAAUAACAGUAGUGUAGUAGGUCUAAGUGUUCUUGAGAAAAAAGUUCUUGGAACAUGCACAAUUUGAACUGUGAAGGAAAAUGUGGGAAAUUUAAGAAGAAAAGAAACUGUUCUUGGGCAGGACCACUCUACUGGAACAUCCAAAAUGAACUAACAAUAUGAGAACAUUUUAAAAAUGGUCAAAUAAGUGCAAUGUUGUUUAGUCAGUCUUGUCUUGGUACAUGCUUGCAGAUGCCCGAUCUUGCCCCCCCCCCCCCCUCCUGACUUGUCAAGCCUCAAACUGAAGGGACUUUUUGAAAACAUACACUGUACAGUCAUUUUCUACGUGUUUAUAUGUACAUUUGUACAUAGAAAAAACUAUUAAGAUAUUGUUUAAAGAUGUGAAAACUUAAUGGAAUAAACAAAAGUGUUGGAAUAAAAA